AUAAAUGCGACAGCGGCGGCACCGCUCCCCAUCCCACGGCUGAGAGCGCAGGAGCUGAGGCGAGAUGAGGACCCUGGGGCUGAGCCUGGGCAUGGUCCUGCUGUGCUUGUGGCGGGUGCAGGCUGGGGACCCGGGAACGGCGGAGCCGGACGAGAGCAAGAUUGCAGGGACAUGGUACAUCACUGCUAUGGCCUCUGACUCGGAGAGCUACCUCCAAAAAAAGGACCAGCUGAAGAUGGCAAUGGCCAGCAUUGAGGUCCGGGGGGAUGGUGACCUGAAGGUCUCCUUUGCAAUUCCCACCCCUGGGAGAUGUAUGAAGUUUGAAUCGAUCUACAAGCCCACAGGCAGCCUGGGUGAAUACUACAGCUCUGACAGAGGCAAUAAGACGGUGCGGCUGGUGGAUACCGACGGCAGCUCCUACAUGGUUGUCUUUGCCACCAGAGAGAAAGAGGGGAAGACCUUGCACAUGCUGAGACUUUACAGCAAAACCCAGUGGGUGAGACCCAAAAUCAAGUUGCUGUUCAAGAGACUUGCCAAGCUGAAUGGCUUCACCGACGAGACAAUCUGGAUUUUGCCCAGGCAGGAGGAAUGCAGACUUGGUGAACCGUAGAGAGUGCAGACUGGCUUGUGGAUGCUCCUGCCAAGACCCAUGCUCUGAAGCUCCAGGCUCCUGCUCCACCAUCCUUCUUCUAAGCUCUGUUGUCAGGACUCUGACACAGUCCCUGCUCCUCCAGCACACAGUCCCUGCUUUUUGCCAAAUAAACAGAAACUCUCGCC